UGGCCCAAAAUUUUAUUGCCUUGACUUGGAAAAUGAAUUUCCUAAGUGCAGCUUUGGAAAUUAUACGUAUAUAUUGGUGAAUGAGCAUUGGCAUGAUCGCUGAAACGACAAAUAAAAAGAUAAACUUGCAAAGAAGAACGAGUAUUGGAACACAGAGAUUUUCAGUCACUUUUUUCUCAGCUUAAUUAGCCAUGUUCGCCAAGCGCCUCUUGCAGAAGGCCGUGCAUCACUCUCAGCAAAACCUGCAACAAGGCAGUUUGACUCCAGAAGACUUGGACCCGAGAGUAGCAGUUCACUAUGGUAUCCCAUCUACGGCCUCCAUUCUUGCUUUUGAUCCCUUUCAGCGCCUUUUAGCCAUUGGAACACUGGAUGGAAGGAUUAAAGUUAUUGGCGGUGAUGGUAUUGAAGGACUUCUUAUAUCCCCAAAGCAAAUACCAUACAAAAACAUUGAGUUUUUGCAAAACCAGGGUUACUUAGUCAGCAUCUUAAAUGACAAUGAUAUUCAGGUUUGGAAUCUUGAGAGCAGGUGCCUAGUUUCUUGUUUACAGUGGGAAGCCAAUAUCACUGCUUUUGCUGUAAUCCAUGGCUCUAACUUCAUAUAUGUUGGUGAUGAGUAUGGUACAAUGUCUGUGGUAAAGUACUAUGUCGAAGAUGGAAAGCUUUUGCAGCUGCCCUAUCAAAUAUCUGCAAAUUCUAUUAGUGAGGCCGCUGAGUGUCCAUUUCCUAGCGACCAACCUAUCGUUGGAAUUCUUCCUCAACCUUAUACUUCAGGAAAUAGAGUACUUAUUGCCUAUCAGAAUGGGCUGGUUGUUCUUUGGGAUAUUUCUGAAGGUCGAAUCGUCUUCGCUGGAGGUGGUAAGGAUCUCCAAUUGAAGGAUGAAGUUUUUAAAGCAUCAAAUGAGGUGAAUAAUAACUCUCCAGAAGAAAUACCAGAACAUUAUCUGGGAGAGAAAGAGAUAAGUGCUCUUUGCUGGGCAUCUUCCCGGGGGUCCAUUCUUGCUGUGGGAUAUGUAGAUGGAGAUAUUUUGUUUUGGAAUACGUCAUCGGCUGUUUCUAAUAAAGGUCAACAAGCAUUGUCAUUGUCUAACAAUGUUGUUAAGUUACGAUUAUCAUCUGCCGAAAGAAGACUUCCUGUCAUUGUUCUACAGUGGUCUUCAAGUCAUAAAACCCGUAAUGAUUAUGAUGGCCAACUGUUUAUCUAUGGUGGUGAUGAAAUAGGAGCUGAAGAAGUUCUGACGGUUUUAACUCUUGAAUGGUCGUCUGGAUUGGAGUCUUUAAGAUGUGUUGGUCGUGCAGACAUUACACUUACUGGCUCUUUUGCAGACAUGAUUUUAUUUCCAAGUGAUGGGACAACAAGGACUAACCACAAAGCUGAUGUUUUUGUCUUGACAAACCCUGGGCAAUUGCAUUUUUAUGAUGAUGAUAGUCUGUCUGCCUUGAUUUCCCAGCAAAAGCAAGAGAAAAAACAGUCUUUUGCUGCUAUGGAAUUUCCUGCAGUGAUACCUACAAAUGAUCCUGCCAUGACAGUUGCAAAACUUAUGAAGCUACCUGCUGCGGAAAACUCAUUAAAGAUCCUGUCAGAGUUAACCUCAGUUAUGAAACUUCAUUCGAUGUCGAUCCCAGCUGGUGGUGCCAAGUGGCCCUUGACUGGGGGUGUCCCCAGUCAAUUGUCCACCAGUAAAGAUCAUGUGAUCAAAAGAGUGUAUCUGACAGGUUAUGCGGAUGGAUCUGUCCGCAUUUGGGAUGCCACGUAUCCAGUGUUAUCUUUCAUUUAUCUUUUCGAAGGCGAGGUGCAAGGUAUUAAAGUGGCUGGUUCAAGUUCUCCAAUAUCAGAAAUGGAUUUCUGCUUCUUCACUUUACGUCUGGCUCUUGGCAAUGAAUGUGGUUUGGUUCGUAUUUAUAACUUGAAAGGCUGUCAGGAUGGGACAAACUUCCACUUUGUUACAGAAAACAAAAAUGAAGUUCACAGAUUGUCUCAAGGAAAAGGGCCUCAAUGUAUCGCUGUUUUUUCUCUUCUCAACUCUCCAGUUCAAACACUAAAAUUUGUGCAUUGUGGGGCUAAGCUUGCUGUGGGCUUUAAAUGUGGCAGUGUCACUGUAAUUGACAUGAGUUCCUUAUCAGUUAUCUUCUUCAUAGAUGAUGUAUCUUGCUCUAAGUCUCCAGUCAUUUCAUUAAGUUGGCAAGAAAUUGUAAAUGCCCAUAGCCUUUUGAAGAGCCCAAAGCACUCUGAGGCUAAUACUCAGGAGAGCUUUAUUGAGGAAGUAAUGUUUAUCUCCACCAAGGAUGCCAAGAUUAAUUUGAUUGAUGGUCACACUGGUAAAUCUAUCUGCUCACGGCCGUGGAACAUGAAAAAAGAAUUGGUUGCAAUUUCAAUGUAUGUUAUAGAGGGGAAUACUUCUACUUCUAAGUUAUGGAAUGAAAACCAGCCAAAAGACUCCUUCAAGGAUACUGCUGCCAAGAAUGAGCCCGCUUCGGACAAUUCUCAGGUUGGAAUAAAUUCACAUGAGAUGGAACAUGACUCUUGUCCAGAAAAUUCUUACCCUGGGGAAAACUUGCUGGAUUUGUUUGUUUUGCUGUGUUGUGAGGAUUCACUGCGCUUGUACUCUACAAAAUCUGUAAUUCAGGGAAAUGACAAACCCAUACAUAAAGUGAAACAUGAAAAACCAUGUUGUUGGACUUUUACUCUUAAGAAAGAUGGAAAAGUUGAGGGAUUAGUCUUGCUGUUUCAAAAUGGAGCAAUGGAAAUCAGGUCUAUACCAGACUUGGAACUGAUAAAAGAAAGCUCAUUGAUGUCAAUUUUAAGAUGGAAUUUCAAGGCAAACAUGAAUAAAUUGAUGAGUUCUUGUGAUAAUGGACAGAUCACACUGGCAAAUGGGUGUGAAGUGGCAUUUGUCUCGCUAUUAUCUAGUGAAAAUGAUUUAAGGAUUCCAGAGUCUUUGCCUUGUCUCCAUGAUAAAGUUCUUGCAGCUGCUGCUGAUGCUGCCUUGAAUUUCUCUCUAAACCAGAAGAAAAAGCAGGUACAAAGAAAUAAUCAGUUUCAGAAAAAGCAGGGCACUGCACCUGGGAUUAUAGGUGGUAUCGUCAAAGGCCUUAAGGGCGGGAAAACUGCUCAUACAGUGGAUUUCACUACAACACAAUCAAUUCAUGAUCAUCUAGAGAAAAUAUUUUUGAAGUCUCCACAUACAGAUGCAUCUCCAUCAGAAGAUCAGGAAGCAGAUGUGGAGCUUUAUAUAGAUGAUAUUGAAAUUGAUGACCCUCAGCCAGUAGGAUCUACUUCAUCGCAUGAUCUUAAAAACGUAAAUAAAGGAAAAGAAUCCGAAAGAGAAAGACUAUUUGAAGGCGGGACUGACGAUAUAAAGCCCAGGCUAAGAACUCCUCAAGAAAUUAUGGCCAAAUAUAGAAAGGCUGGGGAUGCUUCUGCGGCGGCUGCACAAGCAAGGAAUAAACUCAUGGAAAGACAGGAAAAACUUGAGAGAGUCAGCAGGCGCACUGAAGAGCUGCAAAAUGGAGCUGAAGACUUCGCAUCUAUGGCAAACGAGCUUGUCAAGACACUGGAAAAUCGAAAAUGGUGGCAAAUAUGAUCAAUUUGGAUUCAUGCUCUGUAUUUUCACUCGGUUUUGUGUAGGGGAAUGGAGUACGGAGUACCUGGAGGACAUAUUUAUAAUCCUUGGUCACUGAGCAUCCGGAGGAACAUUGUCAAGUUGGUGGUGUCCGGUUAGCCGUUAAUUAAGGAUAUGAUCUGCAACUUGGUACCAGGAUUCAAUAGUUUAGUUUCGUUGCAAAGUUACAAUGUAUAGCUGUUAUUGUUUUUAGUGCAAAUUACAUUGGGCGCUUCAAUGUCUUUGUGGGAUUUGUUGAAUAUUUACCGUAAGGGUAUAAGAUGUGAGAAUACCACACCCAUACAAAUAAUAAUGAAUUAUUCGCAA